AUGGUGGAGGUGGCGGGGAGCUCAAUGGCCGAGCGAUGCUCUUCUUCACUGGUGGUGGAGGCGGCGGGGUGCGCAACGGACUCUCUACCCUCUUCUGCACUUGUGGUGGAGGGGGCGGGAAUUGCAUCGGCCGUGCCCCACUCUUCUGCACCGGCGGUGGAGGUGGCAUUGGCUGCAUUUUGCUCUUCUGCACUUGUGGUGGAGGGGGCGGGAAGUGCAUCGGCCAUGCCCCACUCUUCUGCACCGGCGGUGGAGGUGGCAUUGGCUGCAUUGUGCUCUUCUGUGCUGGCGGUGAAGGAGGCGGCGGAUCAACCCACACUUGAGGGCCUCACCACGGAUGUGAAAGUCACCAGCGAGCGUCUCGCCCAACAUGAGGGUGCUCAGAUUCUGGCCGAAGAGAGGCUCAAGGCCAUCGAGGAUACACAGGGUACUGCACCCCGCGUCAACAACAAUGUUGAUCCUUGCAACUCCGUGGGUGUCGCCGCAUUUCGGGAGCUCGGCGUGUGCUUAUGGGUCAUCCACAACACCCAGCGACUGCCACUGAUGCCGCCACCAUUAACCAGCACCAACGCAUUCCUCCCCGUGUCCACGAGGAAUAUGGGGACAACUACGAGGAUUAUUCCGGUGACACCGAGGACGACCAAGCGGUCGAUCACCACAGUGACCAUGCUCAUCGACAAGUGCGUUUCAACCGUCAAGGAUCAACCCACACUUGAGGGCCUCACCGCAGAUGUGAAAGUCACCAGCGAGCGUCUCGCCCAACAUAAGGGUGCUAAGAUUCUGGCCGAAGAGAGGCUCAAGGCCGUCGAGGAUGCACAUGGUGUUGCCAACACACGUCUACAGGACAUCUCGUCACGUCUGGAUGGGUUACAGACUGCACUCCGCGUCAACAACAAUCUUGAUCCUCGCAACUCCGUGGGUGUCGCCGCAUUUCGGCAGCUCGGCGUGUGCCUAUGGGUCAUCCACAACACCCAGCGACUGCCACUGAUGCCGCCACCAUUAACCAGCACCAACACAUUCCUCCCCGUGUCCAUGAGGAAUAUGGGGACAACUACGAGGAUUAUUCCGGUGACACCGAGGACGACCAAGCGGUCGAUCGCCACAGUGACAAUGCUCAUCGACAUGUGUGUUUCAACCGUCAAGAACGUUAUGUUCCUUCAUAUUAUGCUCGUGAUAAGCUCAAUGAAUUGCAGCCUCCAGAACGUGUCCCUGGACACCCUCUUCCUCAUCGUCCUCCAGGCCGUCGUCGUCAUCGCCCUCGGCAAGUUCAUCCACCUCUCCCUCCGCCGCCACAACCAGCCCAGCGCCAUCUCCCAGAUCCUCGCGGGGAUCAUGGUGGGGAGCCUGGGGCUGCACGAGGUGAUCGUGCACGUGGCCGUGGUGAACGUGGAGGACACGUACGGGUGGUACGUCUCCCAGGCGCGCAUCUUCUACAUGUUCUACGUCGGCCUCGACGCCGACCUCGCCUCGCUCUGGAACGACAAGCACCGCUGCACCAUCGCCACCUACGCCAGCGUCGCCACCUGCCUGCUCCUCGCCGCCUUCGUCUCCGGGGGCUUGUAUGGCAGCAUGAUGCACACCCCCGUCCGCUCGCCCGAGCUGCUCGCCGCCGUGCUCAUGCUCACGCUCGCCAACACCUCCUCCGUCGACGUCUCCCGGAUGGCCGCCGAGCUCGGCCUCACCGCCACCGCCACCGGCCGGCUCGUCGUCGGUGCCGCCAUCGCCACCAACGUCAUCUGCAUCGUCGGGGAGGGCGCCUUCUCCUGCAUGAAGCUGGCGUCCGGAAGGACCCCAGGGUACACCGCGUCCCAGCGGCUCGGGCUUGGCGUGCUGGCGCUCUUCAAGGUCGGCCUCGCCCUCGCGCUGCUCCGGCCAGCCGUGGAGUUCAUGAACCGGCGCAACGCGGGGCGGCACCGCAUCGGGAACUGGGAGCUGGCGCUCAUCCUCAUCGCCGUAUCGUACAUCGGCGACUUCCCGCGGCAAGUCGGCUUCGACGGCAUGCCGGCGAGCCUCCUGCUGGGGCUGGCGUUCCCCAGGGAGGGCCCCGUGGCCAGGACCGUCACUCACGCGCUUGCGUACCCGCUGCACGCGCUGGCCCUGCCCUUCUAUUUCGGGACCAUGGGGAUGCGGCUCAACUUUAGCGCCAUGUCCGGCGCCGUCGUCGUGCCCGCCGUCCUCCUCACCAUCCUCGGUCUCGUCGGCAAGUGCGCCGGCACCAUGGGCGCCGCCAGGUUCCUCCACAUGCCGCUCGGGGACGCCGCGCGCCUCGGCGUCCUCCUUAACAUCAAGGGCCACGUCAACAUGAUCGACAUGAGCUUCGCCAGCUCCGAGGGGAUUUGGGCGGAGCAGGCGCUCAUGGCCAUGGUGAUGGGCAGCAUGAUCAGCACCGUCAUCGCGGGGCCGGUGUUCGCCGUCGUGUACCGCAGGGAGAGGGAGGCGUAUCUGAGCAACGGCCACAGGACGCUGGAGCGGCUGGUCCCGGACCAGGAGGAGGAGCUGCGGAUGCUCGCCUGCGUGCACGGAGCGCGCGCCACGCCGGCGAUGCUCAGCCUCGUCGAGCUGCUGGCGAGCAAGCCCGCCGUGCAGCCCGCUGUGCACGUCCUGCACUUCUACGACGCCGUGCGCAAGCACGCGCGCGCGGGCACCGGCGGCGCCAAACGCUACCACGAGCAGAACCAGCUCGACAGCGACAAGCACUGGGACCGCAUGAACGACGCCGCCACGCAGGUGAACUGGACCGUCGACUUGUUCGCCUCCAUCACCGGCCUCGUCAUCCGGCAGAUCGACAAAGGCGACCGCGGCCCCGUCACGAACCUCAAGACCAUCCGCCGCUGCACGGAGGAGGUCCACGCCGACGUCCUAAUCGUGCCCUACCACAAGGAGCAGCACUACGACGGCAAGAUGUUCUGCCGGUGGGAGGACCGCCGGCAGCUCAACCUGAACGUGCUCGAGAGCGCCCCGUGCACUACCGGCAUCCUCGCCGACCGCCCGUUCCGGAGAGGCGGCACCAGCUUCCAGCUACCUACGAAGAUAUCCACGAGCGAGGAGACGCUGGGCAACUGGCGGGACGACCGGGCCACCGCGCCGACGCACGUGGCGGCUGUCUUCCUCGGCGGGCCGGACGAUCGCGAGGCCGUGGCCCUCGCCUGCCGCCUCGCCAAGAAUGAAACAGUCCACCUGACCGUCAUCCGCUUCGUGGGUUCCGGCAAGCACGGCCACUCCGGCGUCCAGACGGCACGCACCGGCGAUCACGCCGACGGGGAGGUGUCCGUCGUGGUGGACGAUCCCGACGAGUGCUGCAUGGCGGCGCUCCAACGCGAGUACGUGGCGAAGGAGCUCGCGUCAUACGUGGAGAAGGCGGUGGGCGGCGCGGCGGACGUGGUGGUGGCCCUGCACAGGAUGGCCGGGGCGUACGCGCUCAUCGUGGUGGGGCGCGGCGGGCGGCAGCCGGCGGAGCUGGUGGCCGGGCUCGAGGGCGGGGAGAUGGGCCCGGUCGGGGACAUCCUCGCGUCGGACGAGUCGCUGGAGAUGGGCUCCGUGAUCGUCCUGCAGCAGAAGAAGGCCGUGUCGACGGCGUCCGGCCUCGACCCACCACCGGCGGCGGGGAUCUGACACCGUCCAAAGACGUAGAAAAGUGUAGCUGUGUAUAUUUAGAGCGUAGACGACUAGAAUAAAGUAUGUGCUUAGAAGAAUUAAUGUACCACGUCUCAGCUGGCAAUUUUUUCAUGUCAGCAAAUAAGCAGGAAAUAAGAAAAUGAUACUUCCUCCCUUCACAAAUAUAAGAUGUUUAAACUUUUUCACGUUAGCUAAAUGUCAGUCGACUGACUUUAGCUUUUGGGUCAAUCGAUUUUAAGAUUGCCGAAGAAGUUGGGGGCGGAAGAACGGCGGUAGU